UUGAGAGUGUUUACAUUUCUCCCAAGGCCCGUUCCUCAGCUUUUUACCAAAACACAGGCGAGAUGACAGCUUUGUUAUUGUUUCAAUUAAGGACGCUAGCUUUAAUGCUGUCCAACAGUUUUUUUCUGUGAUGUAUUCAUAGUCCUAGAAUUAGCAAUACCUUUGUUUACUGUAAUUUAAUAGGAUCUAUACGCUCCGAGUCACAUCCCAUCAUGUUUGGGUAACUGGUAUUGCCUGUUUUCCCUCUUUCUAGUUGCUCUCUCUCUCUCUCUUUCCCCAUCAAGUUGUUUUGGAACUCCCCAUGCAAUGCGGCUCAACAGGAAAUGUGAUUUGCACAUAUAAAGGACCUCUCGUGGCAACUCACUCUUCAAUACAGAAACUACUAUUUGACACUAACAAAACAUACUGUAUGGUGGUCAGACGGGAACUAAGCGACUUACUACCGAGACACAGACUGUUGCAGCGUAAACAAGAUAGAAAACAGAGUAAAAGUGUUGUAAUCUAGCUCAUCAUGGUGGACCAGCUGGCUUUCACGCAAGAGAACAGAGAGCGGAUCCAGGCAGUGGAGAACUCCUUUGGCCCCUCUGGGAACUCCCUGUUCAGACCUGACCGGGUCUUGAUAGGCGAGGGGCGGCUGAUGAAGCUGUGUCGACGCCGCCCCCAGCCUAAAGUAUUUUACUUGUUUAAUGACAUUUUAGUCUACGGUAGCAUCAUCCUUCAUGGACGCUGGCACAAGAACCAGCAUGUAAUCUCCCUGGAGGAUAUCCAGCUAGAGGACCUGGAGGACGGGGUCAUCAUGGAGAACCAGUGGCUGAUCCGCACACCACAGAAGUCCUUCUACGUGGCAGCUGCCUCCGCUGAGGAGAAGCGUGCCUGGAUGGAGCACAUCGAAGACUGCAGGUUUAAGCAGCUGCAGCAUGCCGGCUGCCAGCCUGGGUGCACCUUCGCCACCACCUGGAUCCCUGACUGGGCGUCCGCCAUCUGCAUGCGCUGCUCUAAAACGUUUCGGGUCAACAAACGUCGCCACCACUGUCGUCGCUGCGGCUUUGUCGUCUGCAACGUCUGCUCCAAGAACCGGGCCGUGAUCUGCCACAUCUCUACUAAGCCCGUGAGGGUGUGUCGACUGUGUCACCUCAGUCUCCAGGACCAUGGGGAGCUGACUCAGGAUGAGGUGCAUCUACGGGGGGACAGUGUUUGGAGGAACUGCUCUGAUGAAUCUGACCUGGUCAUGCCUGAGUACGAGGCGACUAGCAACGAUGAGGCGGAUGUUCGGGUAGAACACCACACACCAAGCAAACGGGUUGAGUGUCACAACUCUUGGUCCCCAUAUAGCUAUUUAAAACCGGACCAUCGAAGUCUCAAUCUCACUGGAUUGUCAAGUCACUUGACUUGACUUGGUUGACUUUUGGACAAUGUGAGAGGACCCUGAAAAGUAUUUACUGAAUGAGUAUGUGGUGAAGAGUGCCAAAUCAAGGCGAUACAUGAUCACAUGUAAUCAUAAAUAUUGCACAAAUAUGAACACUAAUCCUAACCAUAUAAUUUAUGCAUUGGGUCAAUAUAUUCCUGUUAAUGAUAUACCUUUGAGUGUUUUGGGGGGCUUAUUUUUAUUAUCCUUUUGAUGAAGGUUAACCUGUAGUAUUCAUUGUUGACUGGCCAUUAUGCACAGAUGGCGCAUCUUUGUUUACAUGAAACACAUUUCGCACUGAAUACUUUUAUAUUCGUCCUAUACUUAUCUUGUUUAAAAAAAGGCAUGUUGACUACGAUAAAUGUGCCUAUAUUAAGUGUACCUGUAAUUAUAACUCUAAAAUGGCAGCAAUAACUAUACCUCCUUAUUUAUCACAUUCACAUCAACCAUUUAUCUUGAAAUAAAAUAUUUUGAUAGCAACUUUUUGUCAUCCUUGUCCUGAACACCUGGUAAGACUGCUUAUUGACCCCCAACAUGAACCAGUCCUGAGGCAACAGGUGCAGUAAAUAAGCCUUUAGACAAAGUUCUUGCGUCACUUGAUUUUCCUAACUCUAGUGUUGUCAAUGGCAAUACUCAGGCCAACUGCCAAUGACAUUUUUAAAAAGAACGUAUUCAAAUGCAACAUGUCAAUCAUUAACAUUUUAUAGGCAUUUCAAACAAAAUCAGUUUAAAUCAUGCUCUCUGGUUUCUGAAAAGAACUGUCAAAGGUUUUUCUAUGAAGAUAUAAGACUGCUCUCACAUCCCAGACUACCAAUAAAGUGGUGAUGGAAUAUGAUAUCUUGUGACUUCAAUCAAUUUGAAUUUGAAAAAGCUGCUAAGAAACGGUUUCUUAGUAAGCCAUAGGUACAAGACUGACAACCAUCUCUCAGAAACGAAUGACAUAACUUCCAAUGAAAUUUCCCCUCAAGAUUAAUAAUCAUUUUUUCGCUGUCUGAUGUUAUGACAACCCGCAGGUCCAAGUUUGCUUGCAAAGAAGGAACAAGGAAACGCCUAGAAAAACUAAUGGGGGAAAAAAAUCACAGUGGUGUCAUUACAAACAACCUUUGCACAUACUCCAAAUAGUGCUCUGGUAUCUUAAUAAGAUUCUAGUAUUAUUCAAGUCUACAUUUGAAACAUUGAAAAAGAGGAACUAUAUUACAUUGCGUAUAAUCUUAGAAACCCAGAACCAAUUUUUUU